AUGACAGUCCACAUAAAGGCCAAACGAGCUCGCAUUUUGGGACACGCGGUGCAUUCAUUCCUCCGGGAAGCGACACCACUGCAUCGCUCUGCAAUUCCUCGAAAAGAUCGAAUCGUUAUCGCCACCAGCAUCGCCACCCCAUCAUUACCGGACCAGAACUACCCCAUCUCCCUCUGUCCGCCACCACUCCAGCAUGGCCUCCUCUACCCCCAAACCAGACCCCUCUCCAUAGUGAUAGCAGGCGGCUCCCUCGCCUCCCUCAUCACAGCAACCAUCCUCCUCUCCCUUCCCCAACCAUCCCACUCGAUCAACAUCACGAUCCUCGAACGCCUUCCCCCAUCCAACCUGCAGGACCUCGGCGCCGGCAUCGCCAUCUCCCCCUCGAUCCUCGCUUUCAUGUCCCGCUACUGCAACCACCUCCCUCCCCCGAAAUACGCUGCCCCUUUACACGCGUACCGACAGAUCAAUCGAGAAGGGAAAGUAACGACGGAGAGCGAGGGAAAGGGACAAUUCUGGGCCACGAGUUGGGGACAAUUGUAUCGGGUGCUCAGGGGAAGGUUUGACGAGUUGAGUGAUGAUGGGAGGAGGGGAAGGUAUCUGUGUGAGGCUGUGGUCGAGAGCAUCGUGGAGGAUGGCGACAGGGUAGUUGUCAGCUACAGAGAGAAGGGAGAAUCCAAACAGCUUGCGGCGGAUCUGGUGGUCGGGGCGGACGGGGCGAGCUCGACGGUUCGGGGAUUGCUUUUGCCGGAGGUGAAGAGGUAUAGUGUCGGGUACGCCUGCUACAGAGGCAUCGUCGCGGCUUCGCAAGUCUCGCUCGAUGCACAAGCCAUAUUCCAGGACAUGGCGACCUUUCAUUGGGCGCCACGCUCACAGAUGCUCUCCUAUAUGGUGCCGGGAAACGGCGGGCCGGCGGACGAGAUCGGGCGGUAUAUCAACUGGGUGUGGUACCAGAUUCGGGAUGAGAAGGAGAUGGAGGAGUUGUUGACGGAUAAGGACGGGAAGAAGCAUAAGUUCUCGUUGCCGCCGGGGAAGAUGCGGCUGGAGGAGAUUGAGAAGAUCAAGAUGAAAGCGGGUGAGGAGCUGCCAGAGGUGCAUAAGGAGAUUAUAAGGCAGACGGACGAUGUGUUUUUGCAGGUUGUGACUGAUAGCCAUGCGGGUGGGAAUAGCUUUUGUGGUGGGAAGGUGGUGCUGGUCGGUGAUGCGGUCGCUGGGCAGAGACCACAUGUUGCAAGUGCCGUCAUGCAGGCAGUCUUCGACGCCGAGUGGCUGGCGAGACUCGUUCAGGGGCUCGCGAGUCCGGAGGAGUUUGAAGAGGAAACGCAGAGCUUUUCUAAGAUCCUGGUGGAGAAGGGAAAGGAGCUUGGCGCAGUCUGCAUGGGCGACUUCGAUCCAACGUACAAGGACAAGACCUACUAUCCACUGUUCUUCGGGACACAGGCCUUGCUGAAGGCGAAAUUCGACAAGCUGGACGAGUUGAACAGAUCAUCUGCCUCGAACGGAGUUCUGUGA